AUGGAAUCUUUUAAUACGAAUGGAAUUCUUGGAAAUGAUAACGCAUCAUCAAGCGAAUUCAAAUUUGAAUCAGAUAAAGAAGCCGAAAAAGAUGGCCCAUUAUCAGACACGUUUAAAUAUGAAUCAUCUUUGAAUGCAAACGAAAAAAACAAACAGAAACCCAAAGACGAAACUAUAACAAUAUUAUUAUUUGGUAGAGUAGGAGGCGGAAGGACAACUUUAGCUAACGUAAUCGAUAAUACUAAUAAUAUGGAAGAAAGCACAUUUAAAUAUAAAAUAAUUGAUACAAUAGGAAUUGGUGAUAAAAGGUUAACUCCUCAAGAAAUAUUAUAUAAUUUUGCAGAAACUGCUGAUGAUAUUAAAGAUGGAUUUAACCAAAUCUUAUUUGUUACCAAUGGAAGAUUUAGGGAAGAGGAAAUAAAUGCUUAUGAUUUAUUACAAACAGUUAUUUUUGAUCAAGAUAUUGUCAAUUUUACUACUAUUGUUAGAACAAAUUUUCCUGACUUUGAAGAUGAAGAUGUAUGUGAUAAGGAUCGUUCAAAUAUGAUUAACGAAAAUAAUAAACUUUCUACAGUAAUUAAAGGGUGUAAAAAGGUCAUCCACGUGGAUAAUCCACCAAUAACACAUCGUACUAAACAAAUUGCAGAAGAGAUCCGAGAAGAGUCGAGAAAAAAAUUAAUAAAUUACUUGGAUACUUGCAGAAAAGUUUAUGAUCCACCAAAUCUAGAUGAAUUGAAUAGUAGAAUAAGAGGUUAUAUAACAGAUAUAGAAAAAUUAGAAAUUAAAAUCAAAAAAUUGGAAAAACGAGUGAAAUUAGUUCAUAAUUCACCAACUUAUGAUAUCUCAGAAAUAAAAAUAAAUUGGGAUCGUUGCAAUAUUUUAUAA